AUGCCCAAGAACAAGGGAAAGGGCGGUAAGAACCGCAGACGUGGAAAGAACGAGAACGACCGCGACAAGCGCGAGCUGGUCUUCAAGGAGGAGGGCCAGGAGUAUGCGCAGGUCAUCAAGAUGCUCGGCAACGGCCGCCUCGAGGCGCAGUGCUUCGACGGCGAGAAGCGCCUGGCACACAUCCGCGGCAAGAUGAGGAAGAAGGUGUGGAUCAAUCAGGGAGACAUUAUCCUCCUCUCUCUCCGUGAAUACCAGGACGAGAAGGGCGACGUCAUCCUCAAGUACAACGCCGACGAGGCCCGUAGCUUGAAGGCCUACGGCGAGCUUCCCGAGACGGCCAAGAUCAACGAGACCGAUACCUACGGCCCCGGCGACGACGAGGGCGGCAUCGGCUUCGAGUUCGACGAGGACCGCAGCGAAGAUGAGAACAACCUCAAGGAGGCCGACAUUGACGACAUUUGA